GCUCACUGGAGAGGAGAGCAUAACGCCCGCUGUUGCUGUCGCAGUUGCAGAGGGAGAGAGCAGUUGCUCGUUCCUUCGCUCGUCUCCCGUUCCGUGUCCCUCCGGCGGAUCACCGUUGGCGAUGGCGACGGCGAUCCCGUCCCUGCUCGCGGCGCUGCUGGCCGGCUGCGUCAUCCUCGCGGUGCCGACGACGGCGACGGACCACGUCGUCGGGGGCUCGCUCUGGUCCAUCCCCACAAGCAGCGACUACUACCGCAACUGGGCGGGCAACACGACGAUCUUCGUCGGCGACAACCUCGUGUUCAGGUUCGACGCGGGGAUGUACGACGUGGUGGAGGUGGGGGGCUGGGAGUACAAGGCCUGCUCGUGGGUGGACCAAUACUCGGACACCUUGAAGAGCAGCCCCGCCGUGUUCCACCUCGACUUCGCCGGCGUCAAAUACUACGUCUGCACCAUCGGCAACUACUGCUCCCUCGGCGUCAAGAUCUGGGUCUCGGUCCAGCAGGCCUAGCACAGCACGGUGCCUCUCGCCCUGCAAUCUCUGCAGUAAUAAACUCCUUUCAACUGCUACUCCUGUUUUCUUCUACGUAGUAUGUUAUUCCAAUAUAAUGGAAUUGUGCUUAGGUCGACAAUAAU